AUGCUCCUCUACACCCUACUCACCUCCCUCAUCCUCCUCGCGGCCCUCCUCGCCACCACCACCCCCCACAAAAAGCCCCGCUACCACUUCCUCCUCUGCUUCCUCGGCUUCAUCAUCUCGGUCGCCUGGAUCUCCACCAUCGCGGGCGAGGUCGUCGGCGUGCUGAAAGCCCUAGGCGUCAUCCUGGGCAUCUCCGAGGCCAUCCUGGGGCUGACCGUCUUCGCGGUGGGCAACUCGCUCGGCGAUCUGGUGGCCGAUGUGACGGUGGCGCGGCUGGGGUACCCCGUCAUGGCGCUGGCGGCGAGCGUUGGUGGGCCGAUGCUGAAUAUCCUGCUGGGGGUGGGCAUUGGCGGCGCGUGGAUGGGCAUUAGCAAGGCGAAGAAACAUCAGCGAAAGCAUCCCGGGAGGUCCGGUUAUGCGGCCGCUCUGCCGUGUUGCAUGGCAUAUGCUGCAGGACAGAGCCGGCACGGCACGUAUAUCACACUUGCUGGAGGGUUAAGUCGGACUGGGGAGGUCAGGAUCGCCGGCAUCAGAACACGGCCGCCGUCACCAUUGGCAUUCCAUCAACCUAUCCCGCACUCGACCAUGAAAGGGACACGGGGACAGCGGCCACCUCACUCGAUCAGGCUAUGCGAUGCGCCACGGUUGGGAUUUAGUUGGGCGUAG